GAUUGACAGUUUCAAAUUUGACUUCCUCAUCAUCAACAAAUUCAAUUCAACUCACCAAUCCUUCAUCAAAAUUAAGACCUUCACCAUCAACUUUGAUAUAGCUCGUAUCCCUACCUCAUCCCUUCAUUCUGCACAUCCAGCCAUAUCCCUUUGGACACGAACGAUUCGAUAAAUUUAAUUACCGAUCAUCUAUCAACUUCACAACUCUUCCUUCUCAACCUCACUACAUACAUACAUACCUUAUCGAAUAACACCAAAUCAAUCUACUCGUCUCUUCAAACCAAACCAAACCGACAAAUCUAAACCAAUCAAAACCAAAUCCCAUCUCAUCAUGCUCAACGAAUCAUCAAAUACAAGUUCAGUAGGACCAAUGUCAUCAACCUUUUCAACUUCGAUACCGAUUUCACCCAUAUGGUUUCAAGAUUGGAAACCACAAACUGCGGCUGCAACGUUUGCAGUUUGUUUUGGAUUAUCAAUCCUUGCAUUCGUCUACAAAUCAAUCUCAUUUAUCAAAUCAAAAGUUUUAAAACCUACUCAUGAAGAACUUUCAACACUGGAUCAUCAAUCUAGAAGAAGGUCUAGGUCUAGAUCAAAACUAGACGAAGAUUGUGAUGAACUUAUCAAUCGAUCUGAUACAUUAAAUAUGGAAGAUGGACAUUCGAAAUUCAACAACACUCCUGGAUCACCUCCUUCUGAUUCUCAACUUCAUUCAGAUCCGAACAGAUCUUCUGAAACCCAUGAUGAUUUCUUAGAUUAUCCUAGUAGAUCUUCUUUACAAGUCGAAUCAAGAUCAAAGUUAACUUCUAGACCGACUCAUCGAUUCUUACUGAUCUUCAAUAAACCUAAUCUGCUUCGAUGUUGUCUCGUCACCAUUCAAGCUGGUCUAGGAUACCUUCUUAUGUUGGCAGUCAUGACUUACAACAUUUAUUAUUUUAUGGCGAUUCUGAUGGGUACAUUUAUUGGAGAAGCUAUCUUUGGUCAAACUGAUUCUUCAUCACAUGAUCAUGCUUGAAAACAAAUUACACACCGGAAUGUUCUUUGGGUUUUUCAAAAGAAACCGAUUUUUUUCUGAUUUAUAAGCAUUAUGAUUUUUUUUCUGCUCUUGCAUAGGUUUGAUAGUCUAAUUAAUCACUUGUAUACUUUUCUCAUAGAAAGGUUUUCUUCAAAAACCUUCACCAAUUUGAUGUGUUUAUAACUUCGGUCCUUGAUGUGUAUGUAUGCGUCUGUGUGUUAUCUCAAUUUACCUUUUUUUUCUUUUUUUGAAAACUUGUUUUUUUUAUGGAUUUCACUCUCAUUCACUCUCCUUUUUCCUCUUUCUCUUCAUUUUUUAAAAAUGUUAAAAAGUUUUCCAUUAAGCAAACUCAAAAAAAACAACAAAAAAUGUGAAUGUAAUUCUUGAACUUUUCUUUUUUCAAAAACUUUCAUUUACAUAAAAUUGAUGGAUUAGGUU